AUGGCGAGCCGCCUCCGUCUCUUCUCCGCCGCUGCGCUACUCCUCGUAGCCGUCCUCACCGUCUCGGCUGACGACGCGCACGACGUGCUCCAGGCAUUUGGGCUCCCCAAGGGGCUCCUUCCGGACUCGGUGUCGAGCUUCUCGCUCGCCGAGAAUGGCGAGUUCGUGGUGGAGCUCAGGGCGCCGUGCUACGUCCAGUUCACCGACCUCGUCCACUACGGGAAGACCAUCCGGGGUCAGAUCCGCUACGGCAUCAUCUCCGACAUUUCCGGGAUCCAGAUUAAGAAGUUCUUCGCCUGGCUUUCCAUCUCCGAUAUCGUGGCCCACCCCGCCGACGGCACCAUCGAGUUUCAGGUGGGCUUCCUCUCGGAGUUGCGUCCUGCGACGCUGUUCGAGAGCGUCCCUCACUGCAGGGCCAUUGCCUCCCCUCGUGGCGUGUUCUCACCGGAGGAGUUGCUCCCGCUCCCGGUUUCGGAGGUCAGAUCCCUUUGCCUGUUGAUUUCUCCUCUUCUUUGA